AUGUCUGCAUCUGGACUUAAGCCUCGGUUCAAAGACCAGAACGAGAUAACUGUCCUAGCUGAUGCCUUGAACACCCUCCUCAACGACGUGGAAACCUUCCGUUUAAACCUCGUGUGCUUGAUCACACAAACGUCCGUCGCAGCCGUUUUUCGACGCUUGGCUAUUUCCAACAUUCUUAUCCCUAUUCGAGACGUUGCUGUAGAAUUCCUCGAGGCCGUCUCCGCUAUGUGGAAGGAGGUGUAUCAAUUUCUUAAGCAAGGAUUGCAAAUCUUGCGCUCAGAGCCUUCGCAUAAAGAUAUCGCAAACGCCGAGCAUCAUAUACGCGCGGCUCAGGUGGACUAUCUGAGAGCCUGUCAAAUCAUUGAAACCCGUUUUGAGGACCUUUUGUGGGAUAGUGAGGAGCUCCUAAUCGCAGAGCUCCGAGGCUGCUGUGGUUUUCAAUUUUUACUUCACCUUACCAAACGAUUUUGCACGUUAUCCUCGUACCGUCUCAUCGUCAUGGAAGGUCUUCCUCGGCGUUUUUCAAUGCUCUGGGACGACGCGAGCGAGAUUCUGGUUUGCUGCAAUUACUUGGGAGAGGUGAUGAGCAGGAUUCAGAUCCGACUUCGAAGUCCCGAAUGGCGAGCGUAUUAUACAGGUCGGAAGGACAUUAUCGAGCUGUUCAGAGAGACUUCCUUGUACGCAGAAGGGUCGCAUACUUUGAUUAAAAUUCGCAUCGGACUAUCUGAGUGCCGCCACAAAACCGAGGAACUUCCCAUCAAGCACGAGUAUGUGGGGCUAUGGGAUCCUAACGAGUUCGUGUGGGACUGGUAUACCUGCUGGAGCUAGAACAGCCGUGGAUCUGAUAGGACCUAAAUGGCAGCGGC